AUUUCUCGUUUAACCGUAAGUUGUAAAAAAGAGUUACAGAUCACAAUCUCACUGAUAGUAGCAGGGUUUGAUAGUAGCAGAUCGAAAGAGCGUAUCAGAUCGGUCAGAUCCACAAUCUUUUUGCUGGUGACUGAUCACUAUAGUUUCUCGAAGAAACGGCCGGAAAGUGAUGUAAAUGAUUACAGGAACCACUUAUAGGAACAGUAACACAGUAGUUUCUUCUUCUCAUCUAUGUUUGGAGGUAAUGUAAGUCCUGCUAAUAGUCCUCAUCCACGAAAGCCUGCAAGCAGAUCUAGGGUCUCUGAUUUAGGUAUUAGCGAUGGUGGAAGUAGCGGAGAAGAAAAUAUAUUGCGAUCAGUAGAAUCAUAUGAUAUGAAAGGUGUGACGACACCAUUGGCUAGUGCAGCAGUAAUGCCCUCUCCAAUAUUACUUUGGAGACUUAAGGUGUUACUAUUGGUCAUAUGGGGUUAUGUUUGCUGUAAGGUUGGAUGGGGUUCGGUUAUGAGAAUGAGUGUAGAUCUUCGGGAUUUGUUUUUAUAUGAGGCCUUUUUAUAUUACAAUCCUCUACUUCUUGUGACUAUGAUGGUCUGGCUUUGGGGCAUAAAUUUGUGGGUCUUUUUUCAAGCCAAUAUUAGUUAUGCAACGAUUUUUGAGCUCGAUCAAAAUCACCUUACCCAUAGAGAAAUAUGGAAGUGUGCAACCUGGAUGACAAUCAUUGUUCCAAGUAGUAUGACGGCUUAUCUUUAUCUGUAUUCACACGGAGAAGUUCCCCUGGCUGCAUUUCAACCAGUGCUCUUGUAUGCUGCUGUUGCAAUGAUUAUGAUAUUUCCAUUUGAUAUUUUCUAUCUGUCGUCUCGCUACUUCUUCUUGAGGACUCUUUGGCGGAUAGUACUUCCUUUGCAGGCAAUAUCAUUCCCCGACUUUUUUGUGGCUGAUAUAUUGACCUCUAUGUCAAAGGUUUUCUCUGAUUUGGAGCGAUCUGUUUGUAGGAUGGUUCAUCGACAGGUUGCCACCAUUGCAUGGUUUGAAGCAGACUCUGUUUGUGGUAGUCACGCUGUUGCAAUCCCCAUUGUUCUUGUUUUACCCUAUAUAUUUCGCCUGUUUCAGUGUCUACGGCAGUACAAGGAUACUGGGGAGAAAGCCACUUUACUGAAUGCUUUAAAAUACUCGACCGCAGUGCCAGUGAUUUUCCUUUCAGCCCUUAAGUAUCAUGUCUUCCCUGAUCAGUGGACAAACAUAUAUCGCCCUUUGUGGCUUUUGUCAAGUCUUGUGAACUCCUCAUAUUCUUUUUACUGGGAUGUGACCAGAGACUGGGACAUGAGUGGGUUCACUCGGAUCUUCAAGUUUAGCAAACUGCAUCUUGUCUCACACAUGUUAUAUGGAAGGAAAUGGGUCUAUUUCUGGGUGUUGGGUAGUAAUCUGAUUCUCCGCUGCACUUGGACCUACAAGUUAUCUGCUCAUCUACGUCACAACUACCUUACAGUCUUCGGAAUAACCGCAUUGGAGAUUUUCCGAAGGUUCCAGUGGGUAUUCUUUCGUGUUGAAAAAGAGGUCAUCAAAAUGAGCUCAAAGCAGCACAUUCCACUCUCCACAAUGGACAAUUCUACUGAAGAAGAUAAGCUACUCUUGAAUGACUAUAAUGUAUAAAUAAUUAAGACAGAUAUGCCAGCAGCUCAGCAGCAUCAGAAUUCAGACAAUCACCAUUAGUUGCAUCCAAAACAUAAAGUCAAGACAAACAUACUCCUAAUCACUUUAUCUCUCACAUUCAAAUGAUAAAAUUUUGGAAGUACUAUAUAUCAGCUGAAACAUAA